AUUGCUGAAUUCGGUCGUGACAAGACGGGCACUGAUCCCUGAUUUUUUUGUCCCCGUGUCCUCGUGCUGCCCGGUGUCGGGGCGGGUGUAAAAAAAAUAAAUAAAUAAAUCAGUGCACGCUGUAUAGAACAUCACAGGUGAAAUCUCUGUGCCUGUGUGCAGAACAAACAGGGACGACCAUCGUGCGCUCGAGGAAACGUCCGAAUAGGUCUGAGAUUGCCCAUGAAAGCACAGCAAAGAGGGCCUCUGUCUGUGGCUGUGUGUAUGUGUUUCUCUCAGAGCUGAUUUGUCUGAGAAAAUCAUUUACAUCCAGCACCUUCAACUAAGAAACAUCAAGGUCCACUGUGCCAGGCCUGCUGAGCCCGGCGUGCUCUUUUCCGUCUCUUCCCUUGGCCCCUUCACACCCUCUGCAAACGCUGGCACGGCAGCACUUUAGGACUGCUAAUCAUGAGCGAAUUCUGGUUGUGCUUCAAUUGCUGUAUUGCUGAGCAGCCACAGCCGAAACGGCGGAGGCGCAUUGACAGGAGUAUGAUUGGUGAGCCCACAAACUUUGUCCACACAGCCCAUGUGGGAUCUGGAGAUUUGUUCAGCGGCAUGGACUCUGUGAACUCAAUUCAAAACCAAAUGCAGUCAAAGGGGGGAUAUGGGGGCGAGACCAUGCCCAUUAAUGUGCAGAUGCAACUGGUAGACACAAAAGCAGGAUAAUCCCUAACUUGAGGAGGAUUCUACUGCAUCAGUGUAUCCAUUCUGACGCUUUCCAUAGUCUCCCAGCAUUCCCCUGUUCUCACCAGGCAAACACAUGGACUAUCAUGCACUUCAUGAGAAUGAGGAUGCCCUGUCCAUGGCUGUCAGUAUCCUCGCCACCCUCAUAACGGACGCAUGCAUGCCCUGUCAUCGAACGCCUAGCAGUGCAUGGUGUAACCUGGCCUAUUUGUCUGUGAUUUGAACAGCUCAUUUUCUCAACACUCACACAUGAAGGUCUGGAACCUCCAAGUACAAACUUUGUAGUUUUGUUUUAUUUACUUUUUUUUCUUAACAGACUUUUUUGAGUCUUAAACAUGGCGCCAAAUUCGCCAACGAUGUUCAUAUAAAAUGUUGAUAGUUCUGGCCAUGCAAUGUCAGAAUGCUUGUUUUAAUGAAAUGAUGACUCACUUCGGAGCAGAAGUACCAUUUUUCUGACUGAGGCUCAAAUGAAUGUUGUUUUGUAAGAAGUGUGAUUGUUCCUUUGCUGUUUAUGCCAUUUCAGAUCACGUUCAUUGUAUCUGUUUUUCUUUGUGGUAAAAUAUGAUUAGAGCAACAAUAACUGAUGCUGAAAUGCACAACUGACAUUUCUCUCACCACACUGCUGUAAAUGUUUUAUCAUAAACUUGAUAUGAAGAUGCUCAAGCUAUAGUUGUUUGCUGUACAGUCAAUGUGGAAAAACUAUAUUGUCAAUGCCCUUAUGCUUUAAGCUGAUUUGGCAACAUUAUUUAUGAUUGUGGAAGAUAUUGAAAUGGGGCCAAUUUGCUCUCACCGUUGUACUUGCAGUCUUUUGGGAAAUAUAACGUAACCUCUUAGAUAAUGCUUUAGCGGUUUUGCUUGCUUUUGAACAAAUGCCCAAAAUCUGACAUUUAUAGUUUAAACUAUUACUCUCUAUGGGUUUAGGGACUGAUGUUUUUAAAUAGUUAUAAAACAAAACUAUGUUGUAUUAAAUUGCACUAAAUUUUCAAAUGCAUAAUGAACAUGAAGAAAUCUGGAAAAUGGGAAGUGCAGCAUGAUAAAUAAAUAAAUCAUGCUGCUCAGGUUUCUCUGAUAAAUUGCUUCCAAAAUACUAAGUAAUCAAUUUAAAAUGAGUUUUUGCUAACAAUAUUCAAGUUCCAUUAUUUAUGAAUUUGUAAAUCAAAACCUCAGUUGGGACAGAUCUGUAUCAAUGCCAGGCCAAGUGAAGUUAAAUGAGAUAAAAGGCCAUACAGUAUAAUGUGUGAUCUCACAGCUGAAUGUCCAAUUGUUGUUCUCUCAAGUGCUCUCUGUUUGUAUAUACUGUGUAUUUUGUGUGCCACAACCUAAACUAUGCUAAUUUAUUUUUCUGUAUUCCUUCUGUGUGUCCCCAAAUCCCUGUGUCCUAAUGUCAUGUCUUAAAAAAUGAUCUCAUUAUGUUGUCAAGAUGAAGAAUUUUUGCAAGGUUUGUAAGUUUAGAGCUGGACAAAGUGAAAUGUUUUCUUGGUGCUCUAUAUGAAGGUGUGGUUAAAGGAUCAUGUAAUGCGAUGUAUACAGGGGUGCCAACAUCUAUAGUUUAGCCUGGUUUGCUAUUUUUUGGCCAACUUAAAACACGCUUUUCUGCUUUUUGAUAAAAAGCAGCUAUAAAACCAAAAAUAUCACCGUGGGUACGGGGCAGUUGGUUGGUGGCUGGGGUAUCUGGGACAUGAGAGGCUAAAUAUCACACAGAUUUUUUAUAUCUUAUGUGAAUUUGUGUACCAGUAGGAAAAAAAAACAGGUUUUUUUUUUUAACUCUCUACUAGGAUUUUCUUGUUUUCAGUGUUGGCACCUCUGUAUAAAAACUUUAAACAGUGAAGGCAUUAAUGAUCGGAUUUACACAAAAUAUUGAGCUUUUUGCUUCAGUGGUGUAACUGGCAUGCAUUAGAAUUGCAAUGAUCCUCAGCCUCUGUUCACCUCAGAUGGAUUUCAUCUCAUCAGGGAUUUCAAAAAAUUAGUUUUAGAUGCCGGAGCACAUUUUUAUACAUUGACCGCUUUUUAUUUUGCAUUCUAUGUUGGCUUGUACAUUACCAAAUGUGUUCACUUGAAAUAAAUAUUUUUUCCAUGUUA